AUGUUGCGUAGAAUGUGGUUGAACGAGUAUAGAGCCAACAUGCUGAAGGAGUAUAGAAAAAUGCUGAAGGAAGCUAUGAUGGCCAGGCUAUUACGAUUACGAUCAUUGAAGGAGGUGACAAUUGAUGUUGACGACCAUGAUGAAUCUUUAUGUUCCAUUUGCACAGAAAACAUGGAAAUUGGAACUGUGGCUGUUAGCUUGCCUUGCUCUCAUAAAUUCCAUAAGACUUGA